AUGAUGUCUGAAUCGGAAAGGAUGGAUUGGGAGCAAAGAGACAAAGAGCUUGACAAAGUCAUUACUCCUUGGAAGGACUUCGAGGCAAAAGAAGCUGAAGCAAAGAAUGUGAAACUAGUUCUUGAAACUCAGAUGUCUUUGUUUCCCGCUUGGUCUCAUGAGCGUAUACAGAAAGAAGUCAUGGAUGAUCCGAAUCUCUACUCGAUAGAACCAACAAUCUCGUUUGACUUAAAUAAGGAUGUGGAAUGUCAAUUUAAUUUUCCCAUCACUCCAAGGGCAUUUCUCUUUCGACACUUCGAAAAGAUUAGGAAAUCCAUGAUCUCCGAUAGUGCAGAAAACCGAAAAGCUUUUUUCGUUUUACUUGAAAUUUGCAAAACUGCAGUAUGA